GAUGUAACAGCACCAUAUCCCGUCUCUGUUGUUGUACGCCCCGAAAACACAGCAUCAGCACCAGCGCGUCAACACCACCAGCCUGCCUGCUUUCUGUGCAUACUUAGGUUACCUGCCUCCGUUCCACCAUGAGGUUUCCAUGACAAAGAAAGCGGCGAGACUAGGCCUCCAUUCCUCCUUCUCUGUCUCAUUUCGCGCAGUUAUGUCUUUGGUUCGCGGCUCCCUCUCGCCAUGCCUGCGGACCGCCUGUACCUGCUUUUCUCGCUGGUUGUGAUCUCCUGCGGGGAUGGUGUCGUGAGGGCGGCGCCGGAGGGUGGUGUCCUCGGCGGCCUAAUCACGCUGCUGGCCGCCGAGGACAAUGCCAUCGCCACUGUCCCAAACGGAUCCAUCACCGGCCAGACGGCCCUUUCUCAGGUUCAGACUCCGUCUGCCCUAACACCAGAGCCGCCCUUUGCCCUGAGGGUCCUGGUGAAGGAUCAGGUGACUCGGCGGCGCCUGGGCGGGGCCCAGGUGGGGGUGUAUGUCAACCACACCCUGAGUAGCCAGGCCCUGACUGGGGAGAAGGGAGAGGUGCUGCUCAGGGUCCCCUACAGCCUGGGACUCAGCCUCACCAUUGUAGCUAGCAUGGAGGGAUAUGUCCUCACCCCGUUGCCCUGGAGGACCACCAAGAGACCUAUAUUCUCCUCAGUGACCUUAUCGCUGCUCCCUCAAAACCAAGGCAACAUCUGGCUGUUUGACGACUCCGUGCUCAUCACUGGGAAGUUACCUGACAUCUCCUACCAGCCCAGCGUUCAGUUCCCCAAGAGUCACCUGAUGCUCUCUGACGGCAGUAACACCUCCACAGUGAUGGCCUACCUGACCGUGCCACAGCGCCACCUAGGCAAGGACUGUGUCAACUGCACCCCAGGCAUCAUUCACAACAAGUCAGUGUUCAGGAGUGUUGAGUUGCGGGCGAUGGCAGCGGUCAGCACUCUGCUGUACUCUGGUGGUCAGGAGGUCCAGGUGAAAGGCCCCAUCCAGAUCUCCCUGCCCCUGGCACACACCACCAACCUGAGGCCCUCGGACACCCUCCCUGCCUGGGACUUCAACACCAAGACAGGUGCUUGGGAGAACCAGGGUUUGGGGAUAGUGAAGAUGGUUGGAGAUCAUCUGGUCUGGACCUACAUUGCUUCUCACCUGGGUUACUGGAUCGCUGCACCACUACCCUCCUCCAACGGUUAUAUGGGCCAUGCCAGCUCAAUUGAAUUCCUCUCCUACCACACCUACCUGCUCGUAGGAAUACUGGGUGGGACUCUGGUUAUAGUCUUGGGGUUUCUGGCUGUGCUGCUGUGUCAAUGUGGAGGUUCAGGUUCCUCUCGUGGGCCGAGGAGGAGAGCACGGUUCUCGAAGAGGUCCGCUCUGAAGAAGGACCAGACCACCUCCACCCACAUGGAGGAGGGCCAUGCCAUGAUGUCCUUCCACCCCGGAGACAGAGCCCACGGCCUGGCCUCGCGCAGCGUCCAGUGUGACCCCUCCACCCCCAGGCACAACAAAGCCAACUACAACAUCUAUGUGGAAGACCCCGGGCGUGGGUCCGCCCUCCUGUAUGAAAAUGUGGGGAGCGGGGCCAAGGGACCCCCGACAUCACACCACUACAUCAACAGUGAGGAGGUGGCCAGGCUGAGGGAGAGGUCCAGCGAGGAGCAGAACAGAGCUCACCUGGGUGGAGGUGCUCAGCUGCUCCACCUUUACAACCAGCCUGUGGCCAUCCUCCAGGCCCCGGAGCGCUUCAGCAGCCAAGGUGGGGAGCAGCAAGGAUCAGGCUGCAAGUCGGCCACCUUCCCCCGUAACGGAGGAGCCUAUGACACCCACUCCCACUCUGAGCAGGGCGGUCAUGACAGCUACACCCAGACCCUCCCUAAGAACCCCCACCAUGCCCAGGGAGCCAACCCCCAGCAGGGCGGCCAGGACCAGCCCCAGGCCCUGGAGACCACUCUCCAAGGCCCAGCCUCUAAUCCUGGGGCGUGGGGCCGUUACAGCAGCCUCCCGGAGUCCUCCGUUUCCGUCCCCGGUACUCUGAACGAGGCGGCUGGAAUGAGGGCCUUCAGCAGUGGGAUGGGGGGCCCCAGUGAACUCCAGGGGAUAUCAGAGCGUACACUCCUGGAGCUGACCCGAGGCAAGGCCUCGUCGCCUCACCCCAGGGCCUGGUUCGUCUCCCUGGAUGGGAAACCAGCCGCCUCGGUCCGCCACUCCAUCAUAGAGCUCCAGGGACGCCACCCACGGCCCCCCAGCAGCAACGACACCAGCCUGGACUCUGGCGUGGACAUGAAUGAGCCCCAGCAGAGUGUGAGGGAGGCGGAGCGAGAGAGGCCUUCCAUCCGUGGCUCGUUCCCCCACCACAGCAGAGGGCGCUACAGCGAGGAGCAGGACCUGAGCAGCAGCGAGAGCGGCACCACCGCCACCUGCACCCCUGAAGACCCCUACCUGAGGAACAUUCUGGACGGGAGCAGCGGGGCCAUUCCCAAUAUCCCGGAGGAGCGGGACGGAAUGGACACGUCCAGUGCACAGGAGGACAGUGAGUCGAGGGGGACACCGCCCCCACGCAGGCUGAGGAAGGUGAGGGAGAAGGGGAGGGCCGAGAAGAGAAGCGCCAGGCACCAUCUCAGAGAAGAGAGGCCUCUGGUCAAACGGAGCUAAGGCACUGCUCACCAGAGAUGGACUGGGAUGGGACUUAUUUCAUUACCAGUCAAUUCUGGAAGUGUAUUGACAUUAUUGGCAUUCAGUAGUUAAUGGGCAUGUUUCAUGUCCAGUUGCAUGGUCAGUGCUUUUUCCUGAAUUGGCUGUGAUGGUUACAGAAAUGUUGAAUCUGUCAAGAAGGGAUUGAGUUUAUUGUUGAUUGUUUUCCUAUAGGGGUCGUAUGUUGACGGACGGCUGAGACAACGUAUGGCGAUGUUAAAGCGUUUUCUGUGGUUUGAUGGAUGUGUAUGCUCCAGUCCUUCUAAAAGGAAUAGUUAGAUAGAUGCUAGUGGACACAGCAGUAGUAUGGCUUCAGAUCGUCUCAUUCCUGGCAUCUGCGUCAAAGAAGAUGUGUUCUUUACACUGCCUGCGAUGAGGAGUUAGAGAUACUGUAUAGCGAGAUAAUGAAGGGUAAUUAGAGAGGAUAGAGGGCUGUAUUGGGCUGAGCCGAUGAGAUCUGGCAGCAGAGACGGACAGUGAUACAGUCCUCCUGUACAGAACACUGACACUUACCCACCGUGAUUGCCUGCCUUUAAAGGAAAUCGAUAUUAACACCAUUGCCUGCUCUGCUCACAGUGUUUAAGACUGGCUGUACCCAGCCAUCUGUCUAUGGCUCUGUUUAUAAACUAGACACUGAUUCACAGCUGUCCCUUUUAGAGGUCUUCUUUACACCUCUAUUAAGGGGGAAAUACCAUUAUUUCUUUGAGAAUGCAUGAAAGGUAUAAAGUCAAAUGUUGAGUAUGAAAAGAGGAAAGUGUGUGUAUUUGACUUGUAGUGUGAAGACAAUGGAAAGGAUGUCUCUUCUUAGGGACAUUAAGUCUGAGGGAUACUAAUCCAGUCAUGUGUUACUUUAACGUAUUCUUCUUCAAAUAGUUACUGUUGAUGUUCAAUGAUUCCUGUUCCACGAGCAGAUCUUACACAACACAUCGCUGUCCUUACAUACAGAUGGAGUAUUGGGAGGUGGUCAGUUUAAGCUUUCAUGGUUCAGUCUAAAAAGCACAGAACACUUUCAUUUGCCUGUUUGUGAUGCAUUGGAGCACAAUUGGGAACGAUACACGUAAUAUAAUUUGAUUGGUUAGAACCCACUGCAAUGAGAACGUAAUAUAAUUUGAUUGGUUAGAACCCACUGCAAUGAGAACGUAAUAUAAUUUGAUUGGUUAGAACCCACUGCAAUGAGAACGUAAUAUAAUUUGAUUGGUUAGAACCCACUGCAAUGAGAACGUAAUAAGCGUAACAUAAAACACUCAAAUGUUUUUUUUGUUUUUUUUGUUGUAAAAAGUGAGGUGUUAUUUCAAAUGAACACAAACUAUAUUGCUGUGAUGGACUGAUACAUUUGGUGAAGCACACAAUCUCCUCCUGAAAAUGAUCUGACCAGCGAUAUCAGUCGUCCUGCUGCUAAAUUUGAAACAACAUUCAUAUUUUGCCCAUUUUUAGUCUUCCUCGUGGUGUGACAUCACACACGCCAGUCCUUCAGUGUGUAUGAGGAUAAAUACUGUACAUGAAUAGCUUUAUUUGGUAUGUACAUACUCAAGCAUAUGAUCUAGUAUGUGUGAUCGUGUAUUUUUAUGUAUGUAUGCAUACAUCGUCCUAUCCUUUCUCCACAACUGUGAAGAAAAAUGUUCCGAGAGAAUGAGAAUGCUUCUCCGAGUGAAGAAAGAUGUUUUUUUGAGCCAUCAUCACUAUUCAUAAACCCAAGCUUUAGUGUAUGUGCUUUACUUCGGAGGUUUGUUACAUUAUUGUAUGUUAGCUUUGGUGCGAUGAAUAGGUUCAAAUGUGAUCCGGGGUGUAAAAAGCUUGACGACGUAGCAACUUGUACCUUCUAAAUGUAGCAGCGCAAGUUAUACACCUGACGAAUGCAGCGAUGAUUUAUGAAGCUUAAAAUGAUUGAAUGCUGAACAUGUUGUUGUUGUUGUUGUCGCCACUGAUGAAGGUUAUGAAAAACAAGAUGUUUCAACCGUUGGAGAAUUGUAUAAAGUAUAGUAUGUAAUAAUAUUUCUCAGAGAUAAAACAGACCCCACUGGCCCAUCCUUUUCAAAGUGGCCUUCACUGAAUGUAUUUCCUUGUAUUUAUUUCAUUGUAAUGUAGUGUAUUUCUACUGUCCGUAUUCAUUUAACAUUAACUGGCAUUCAGGCUUUUGAAACGGGCAUUUCUUGUGUUGAUUACGUCAGUAUAUUACAGUAGUGUGAUUAGUCUGCCUUUUUGUGCACUUAUCAAUGCCUAAGUAAUAAACUCACUUGAUACCAA